CCAGCAGCCAACAUCCAAGCGUAGUUCAGGUCAUAAGUUAAGGUAUAUAGCAGCUUAAUUAUCGUUCGAGAAACCAAUCGUCGAGCGAGAUCAAUGGCUUCCCUGUCAAUGAGCGCGGUGUGGACGCCGAUGCAGAACAAGCUGUUCGAGCAGGCGUUGGCGGUGCACGACAGGGACACGCCCGACCGCUGGCACAACAUCGCCCGGGCUGUCGGCGGCGGAAAGUUGGCGGACGAUGUCAGGCGCUACUACGAGCUGCUCGUCCACGACAUCGCCCGUAUCGAGGCCGGCAAGGUGCCCUUCCCCGCGUACCGUCCCCCAUGCCCCGGCCCCGGCCACAACGGUAGCUACGAGGCCGACAGGUUGAAGCACUUGAAGAUCUAGCUAGGCGGUAAUCGAUCGGGUAAUGGGCAAGGGAUGAUACACACUACACAGAUGGACUGAACGAAGAAGCAUGUGCGUGCAUGGGCUCAUAAGCGCGUGCAUGGUGUCCAUGACUCCAUGUCAAUGUAUACAUGGGCAGAAAAGUCGGCCGAUUAUGCAGAUGCAUGCAUGUUGAUAAUACUCUAGCGGCUAGUGGUCUAUAAGUAUGUACGUGAGAUCGACUUGUCUCCUUACUCACAUGGGUUUAACUUAUCUCGUAUGUAUGUAUUCUAAUGUACAAUAUUAAUAUUAUCCUUAUAUUAUUGUCUGCACAUUGUAACCAUAUGUCCGUAUCAAUGGAGAGUUAAAUUGAUGUUAA